AAAUUGUUGCAGUUAGAGAGCUACGUCAUCAAAAAAUUUAAACGUGUCAAGUAGUCUGCAAUUCAAACCUUCCGCCAUUUUGAGGCACUACUGCUAGCUCGCUCCUGCUUUUUUUAAACAGGAGAAGAGAGUCGGUAGUCGCUUAAAAGCGGCAGAAAGCAGGAAAGGACACCGGACGAGCCUUUGACAGGCUUUAAGCUGAAUGGAAAGAUCCUGAAAUGAUUUAAGACGAAGAAAAAGGCAAAAGUUUUAUUCCUGAAAAUCAUAUGACAGGGAUUGUGUCCGGGACUAUGCGAAAAUCUUUACAUUCAUAUAGUUAUUCCGCUUCCAGUUUCUUAAAGCGGAGUUCAUUGAUAUUAUCGCCAAACAUGGAAAUAGUUUUUAUUUCAAUUCUUUGUAUAAUUCCAUCAGUUUUAGGAGCCGUUGUACCGUUUCCAUCUGGUGCAACAGAUUUAUUAAAGGUAGCUAAUAUAGAAACAAAAAUAUCAGGAACCCAAGAUGGCAUGUGUCCAGGUAGAGAUGUGGCUUAUGCCCUUACAGGCAGUGAAGAGCUCAACUUUCAGUUACAAGAUGCAUUUCCAGAGGGUAUUUCAGAAACAUUCACAAUCAUCACCACAUUUAAACAGGGAAAAGUUGAUCUUGCUGAUGGGAAGAAAAAAUUGAAAAUUCCCUUGUUGACCAUCUAUAAUCAGGAGGAGGUUAGAGAAAUCAUUGGUCUGUAUGUUGGUUCACGGACAAUGUUCCUCUAUAGUGACAACACAAUCAAAAAUGACAAGCCAGCUAGAUUCAACUUUAACACUAAUGAUGAUAGUUGGCAUCGAGUUGCUAUAGUAGUGCAAGGUCAGGAGAUUACAGCUUGGUUAGAUUGUGAUGCUCAAGAGCCAAAGAAAUUGAAACGAGACAUUCCAACACAAUUUAGCAGAGAAGGACUUGUCCUUAUUGGCAGGGAUUUUGCAGAAUCACCCUUAUUUAAUGGAUUAAUCCAAGAUCUAGCAGUGCUACCAGGAGACCAUGGUAUGAAACAUUGUAUAGAGUUCUGUCCAGAAUGUAUGAAGGGUCCAGGUAAUGGCGUUAAGUCUGAACAGCCACCACUUCCUGUCUUCACUGAAGAUGGAGGUAUGUAUGUUAUGGGCGGUGACAAAGUUGGAGGUGGAAUGCCUUUACUUGGUAAAGAUGGAGCUGGACUUCAAAUGGUUGAUAAAAAUGGAGCUGGACUUCAAAUGGUUGAUAAAAAUGGACAAGGACUUCCUUUAACAGAGAAUGAAACUUUCGUGCCAUAUUCUCCAAUGCCAGGGGGAGAUAAAAAUGGAGGCAUGUUUGUGGAUGGUGGAUUAGGAAUACCAGUUGUGGGUGGUGACAAAAAGACUGGAGGGCAAUUUGUUGUUGGAGAUAAGGUUUACGAUAAAGAAGGAUAUAUAGUUGGAAAAGAUGGCAGCCUGCUAGUAGAAUAUGAUGCAGCAGCUGGAGUGUCCUAUGCUUACAGAUAUGGCCCACCUGGACCACCAGGCCCAAGAGGACCAGCUGGACCACAAGGUCCAAAAGGAGAUUCAGGAUAUUCCGGCAGGGACGGAGUUCCAGGAUCAUCUGGUCUACCAGGAGCUCCAGGCCAUGUUUUUGUUAUUCCUAUGAAUUGGGACCAAAAGAGGGCUCCACAAGCUGAGGCAUUCAGACAAAUGUUAUCACAGCAUAUGAUGUCUAUGCAUGGAGCAAAUGGACCUCAGGGUAUGACUGGAAAUUCAGGACCUGUGGGACCUCCAGGAGAAUCAGGAUUAAAGGGAGAUAUUGGACACCCAGGAGAACAGGGACCUCAAGGAGGCCGUGGUGCACCAGGACCACAGGGUAAUCCAGGAAAACGAGGAAGAGUUGGAAGAGACGGUGAAAGAGGAGCUAUGGGAUCACAAGGAGACAAGGGAGAUUUAGGUUACAAUGGAAUGCCAGGAAUGAAUGGACAUAAAGGAGAUAGGGGUCAUCUUGGAGCCUCAGGAACACCUGGACCAGUUGGACCAGAAGGUCCACAGGGAGACAUUGGCGAGCCAGGACCUGUGGGGCCACCAGGGGAAUUGGGUCCAAGAGGUUUUAUGGGAACAAGAGGAAGAGGUGGACCAAUGGGAAGUCCUGGUGUACCAGGAACUGAGGGACCACCUGGGCCAAAAGGCAAUGAGGGAACAGUAGGAGCACCAGGUGCCCCUGGUAAUGGUGGAGCACCAGGGCCAACUGGUCCACCAGGACCACCUGGACCAAUGGGACCACCAGGCAUUUCUGGUCCUGCAGGAAAACCUGGACUUCCUGGUUUGCCUGGACCACUUGGACCAGCUGGAUUACCUGGCAGAGAGGGCGAACCUGGGCUUAAAGGAGAUCAGGGAUCACAAGGAAUGCAGGGCAUUAUUGGUUACCCAGGACCAAGAGGAAUUAAGGGAGAUACAGGUAACACAGGACCAAUUGGGAUCAAAGGUGACAUGGGUGGCCUAGGUAUGGAUGGCAUGAAAGGAGACUAUGGAUAUAAAGGUGAUAAAGGACUUAAAGGAACUCCUGGACCACUUGGAUAUGAAGGAAUUGAAGGAACAAAGGGAGAUCCAGGACAAAGAGGAGAAGUUGGAGAACAGGGUAGUCAAGGAGAAAAGGGACGACAAGGCAUGCCAGGUAUAACAGGAUACCCUGGACCGACAGGACCAAAGGGACCAACUGGUCGUCAUGGACGCCGUGGAAGAAGAGGCACAAGAGGAAAAUCUGGAAAACCUGGACCAGUCGGAGACCGUGGAGAGCCUGGACCACAGGGACCAAAUGGUGAAAGAGGAAAGCAAGGAACACCAGGUCCCUUGGGACCAAAGGGAGAUUCAGGUGUACCUGGUCCACCAGGUUUUCAGGGAGAACAGGGAAUUCAAGGGCCUCCUGGACCACCAGGUUUGAUGGGGCCUUUUGGUCCACCGGGAUUGCCAGGAAAAGAGGGAAUGUUUGGACCCCCUGGAGAAAGAGGUGAAUCAGGUUUGCCAGGACAGCCAGGAUUGCCAGGACAAGCUGGUGUUAUGGGUGCAUCAGGAGCUUCAGGAGAACCAGGUGCUCCAGGAGAUAGAGGCUCCCCAGGGAACCCUGGUCCACCAGGAGAAACUGGCGUACCAGGAAAUACUGGAGAAAGAGGAGAGCAAGGAAACUCUGGAGCACAAGGAGAAACUGGAGUGAUGGGUCCUCCAGGCCCACCUGGUUUUCAAGGACCCAGAGGAUAUCCUGGACCACAGGGAAAAGAUGGACCCCAAGGACCAACAGGACAAAGAGGAAUAGUAGGGUCACCCGGAGAGAAAGGAUCAGUAGGCUUGCCAGGAUCUGCAGGAACACAUGGACCUCCAGGUCAACCAGGAGCCCCAGGACAAGAGGGACAGAUGGGAACUAAAGGAGACAUGGGUGUUGAAGGCCAGGCAGGCUUACCAGGACCAACAGGACCUGACGGACAAAGAGGAUACGCUGGACCACCAGGACCAAUCGGCUCACCUGGACAAGAUGGAGAUAAGGGAGAACUUGGACCACCAGGACAAAGGGGACAGAAAGGAGAACAUGGUGAUAUGGGCCCACCUGGACCUCAAGGACCCCAGGGAAUAGUUGGUGCACUUGGACCACCAGGACCAAUUGGUGAGCCAGGAAUUCAAGGAAUCCAAGGGCCAGUUGGAAUGAAGGGUGCUGAGGGACCAAGAGGAGUAGUUGGACCUCCAGGAUUAGAGGGACUGCAAGGGUUGCCUGGAGUAGAAGGAUCUAAGGGAGAGCAUGGAGAUCUUGGAAAAGUUGGACCACCUGGCCCACCUGGACCUGUUGGAAAACCAGGAACAUCUGGACCACCAGGUGUUCCUGGAAACGAAGGCCAAUUAGGACCUGAAGGAAAGCAAGGACAGAAAGGAGAGCAGGGAACUCCAGGUGAACCAGGAUACAGAGGAUUAGAUGGACCGAAUGGACCUCAAGGACCAACAGGAGACAAGGGUGAUAGUGGAAGACAAGGUAAUCAAGGACCAGCUGGUGAAAGAGGGGAAGUUGGACAAUUUGGACCUAAAGGCCAUGCUGGUAUGCCCGGAGAUCCAGGAAUGCCAGGACCACCUGGAGAACAAGGUCACAAAGGAGAGUCUGGCAGAGAUGGACCAGAAGGACCUAAAGGACCACCGGGACCAGCAGGACCUAUUGGCUCUCCUGGUGACCCAGGAUUACCUGGAAGAAAUGGAAAACAGGGAGAUGUGGGAUCACCUGGUGUACCUGGGGCAGCUGGAGAAGUUGGAAUUAAAGGAAGUCAAGGAAUGAAAGGAAAUUCUGGACCAAGAGGACCAGCUGGACCUCCAGGCCAACCAGGAGUACAAGGAACUUCAGGACCUAGAGGAAAUCCAGGCCCUGUGGGAGAAGCUGGAUCCACAGGACCACCUGGUUUACCAGGAGAACAGGGACUUAUUGGACCACCAGGACCAUCAGGCUCAAAGGGAGAAAGAGGAGAGAAGGGUAUAAAGGGAAAUACUGGUAGAGUUGGAUCACCUGGUAUAAUUGGUGAUCCUGGACCAAAAGGACAACCUGGACCUGUUGGCCCACCUGGGGAGAAAGGAGAUCGUGGACCUUUAGGUCAAAAUGGACCACCAGGAAUAAUGGGAGUGGAAGGCAUGCCAGGCUCACCAGGCCAAGAAGGACCUUCUGGACCAAAAGGUGAACCAGGACUUGUUGGUCCAAAGGGAAAUAAUGGUCCACCGGGUCCAUCUGGACCAAUGGGACCACCAGGUGAGCAACAGGCCUUCCCAGCUGAACUUCUAGGUAGAUACAUGGCCACUGGUGACAAAGCUGGUGUAAAUGGCCGUAGACGAAGGUCUGUUCCAGACUUCCAGAAUGAUAUGGCUGCUAUGGUAGAAGACAUGGGUUCGAAACAGGUUGAACUGAAAGAAGGAGUAACUCUGGUAGUUAGUAGACUGUUUAGUCAGAUAGACCAACUAAGAGCAGAGGUAAAGAAGAUCAGAUACCCUACUGGACAAGAAGACAGCCCAGCACCAACCUGCCGUGACAUUCAAAUGGUUAAUGAAGAUGCUAAAGAUGGUUGGUAUUGGAUUGAUCCUAAUCAUGGUUCUCCAAGUGAUGCCAUCAAAGUCUGGUGUAACAUGGAGUCUGGAGGCCAGACUUGUGUUCAUCCUUUGAAAAAAUCAGCAGGGGUACGUCUUAAAUCUUGGCCAAGAGUAAAAGAUGGCAAUCCAUUCUUUAGUGAAAUGAAAGGAGGUUCAACGAUUGAAUAUCCCGAUGAAGUCCAAUUGGCGUUCCUCCGUUUAAGUAGUCUGGAAGCAUCCCAAAAGUUUACUUACUAUUGUAAGAAAUCAAUAGCAUGGUUCGACUCAGAAACGUCAAAUUAUGACCAGGCCAUCACACUUGAAGGUUACAAUAGAGAACCGAUAGACACCUCUGAUGUCAGCAAUGUCAAUGAUGGAUGUGCUGAUCGUUCUGGAGAGGGUAAAACUAUAUUUGAUGUCUAUGCCUCUGAUGUUUCCAUUCUACCAAUCAUGGACUUUGCACCCAAAGAUUAUGGAGCGGAUGGCCAAGAGUUUGGAUUUGAAGCAGGACCUGUUUGCUUCUACUAGAACUUAAACGUCUGUGUCAUGCAGUUCAAAUAGAAACUUGGACAACGACAGCACUGCUUUAUGUUUUACACACAGCAGAACACUUUAUGUUGCUUUAUUUUUCAGUAGAUUUAAAAUGAAUGUACAAAACAUGUCUUUAGAAAUUUGCAUUGCUCAAUAAAUUUGCUUAAUUGGUGCUUCCAAAAAAAAUGAAAUAAAAACAUUACUGAACAUAUUAUUUAUUUUUAAAUAUUACAUGCCAUGUAUGUGAGAUAAUUGUAUAUGUUAGAAAGAGAAAUGUUAGCUUUUGUAAUAGAAUACUCCAGCAUAGACAAAGUUUAUUGUCUCACUUUUGUUCUUUCCAUUCAUUUAUUUCUUAUUGCACAUUUUACAUUUCAAGUAACAUAUCAAAAAUUUGAAGUUAUACUUAAUGUUAUUAAAAAAUGAAAAAGUUUUUGUAUACUGCUCAACAUAAAGCCAGGAGAAUAUCACACACCAUAUAUUUUUGUCAAUUUCUAUUUAUAUUGGAAUUAAGUUAGGAAGUAUUGUUUUUGUAGAAUUUCACAGCUGCUUAUCUUAAAUUGUAAAUAUUAUUAGAAUUCAGGCCUGUGAGAAAUUUCUAUGUGUAUUUUCUUGGUAGAUUCCUUUUUAUUGUUGUUAUUCUACCUUUCCUCUUUUCGUGAAAAAACUACACCCAAACUCAUGCAAAUGUUAACUAACUUUUCUGAAACUGAUCAGAUUUAUACCUAUAAUUGUUUAGACAUUUUUUAGGUAUCAGAAUAUGUAUUGCUCAGGUGAAACAGCUUGCUUUUUAAGUGACUUUACUUCAGUGACCUCUGAACACGUUUGUUUUUAUAUUUAAAAAAAAAAAUGCUCUUUACAAAAUCAAAUACAUAAUUGACUAAUUGCAAUAAUAUUGGUUAAUGCUUAUGAUUCAAUAAUGAAUAAGGGAAUACACAUAUUCUCAGACAAGAUGCUUUAUAGAUUACUUAAUAUUAUUCUGGAAUAACAAAAGUAGAUUUCUUACAGGCCUGAUUAUUAAUUGUUUAUAUACAGCAGGCAGGGGCCAAGUGGAAAUAAAACAUAUAUAUCUAGUCUAUAUAGUCUGUAAAGAGAAGCUGGUUCUGUGAUUCAACAUUGUAUUUUGUAAUUUUGUAUCAUUGUUUUUACUUUUUUAUGAAUUUUUUUAUUUGCAAAUGUUUAAAUAUUUCUUAUUUUCUCAGAAAACUUGAGUAAUCAAUUGCUAAAAAGGAAUGCAUUUUAAUUCAGUUUCUGUUGUAUGUUGAACUUACUUUUAAUUGUUAAUAAUGUUUUUGUGUAAAGUAAGGAGAAUUUAAACAUUUGUAUUGUACUUAUUAUCCGUCCAGUCACAGAACAGCAUGACAACUAGCUCAAUCACUGCCACAGAACACAUUUUUGCAAAAUAAAAGUAUUUACCUUUCA